AUGGAUGAGAGCGCAAAAAUUGUCAUCCAGCAGGACAACGCUUACCCUCACAUUGCUACUGAUGACCCUAGAUUUCUAAAAGCUGUAGCACAAGGCAAACGGCAGGAACAGCAUCUAACUCGAGACUUUGACGAGCUCAUUGCAGUCGUCAAAGUUGCAUAUUGGGAGCUACCACCGCCUACUAUCAAUGCCGCAUUUCUAAGAUUGCAAACGACAAUGAAUAAGUGCAUCGAGGAGAAAGGUGAGAACGACUUUAAACCUGUUCACAACAUGGGGAAAGUUCACCUGGCGAAGGAGGGAAGACUUCCCCUCAGCAUCCGAUGCUCGAUUACGGCUUCUGAGGUCCUGUCUCUACCGUAG